CCAGGAGAGUUGUCCUGUCGAGGUCCCCAGAUUGCCACAAUGGAACGACUCGUCGUUGCCUUGAAGCGAAAGUGGUGUCGUUCGUGGCCGCCCGAUUCUCAUCCGAGAGCGAUUAGGGCCGAGCUCAAUGGCCAGAGCGAGGUGUUGGAACGCAGGGCCAGCGACAGGACCAGCGACAGGAUCUAACGCCACUCAAAUGCCCUGGCAGGCAAGAUCUCAUUCCACAAGGGCACCCAGAGACCGCACUUGACCCUGCCGCUCCCGUCUCAGUCCAGCAGCAUUCCGAUGACGGUUGCACUUCAGUUCUCGCAGCCGCUGGCGAGCGUCGUCACCCAGAUCCAGCAAGACUUUCCCGAAAUCAAGCGCAUCAGCUUCUACAGCUUGACCUCGGACGGCAAGAACUUGCAUUCCCGCUUCAGCUCGUCGACCUUGGUCCGCGAGAUGCUUUCGACGGUCUCGCAGUCCGAAACAAAGGGCUUCCGCAUCGAGCUCGACAACUUCAACGUCCUCGUGGCCUUGCCUACGCUGCUCGAACGAGUGGAGCCGCUCAAGCAUGAGCUGGCUUUCGUUGAAAAGAAGAUCGAGGAGAUGAAUGUGGUCAAGGACCACUGCGACAAGAUUGCCCACCGCUACUCCGAGUCGGUUCUGCGACUGUCGUUCGGCGGCUUGCUGGUGUACUGGGUUGUUGGCAUCCGGCUGACGUGGUGGGAGCUCGGUUGGGACGUGAUGGAGCCAUUUACGUACUUUUGUGGCAUUGGAUUUGCGCUGGCCACGUACGUCUGGUACAUGCUGACCCGCCAGGAGUACACAUACGACUCGCUCAAGUCGCUUUCGCAAAACAUCAAGCUGAAGGAGAUUUACCGCCAGCGCGGAUUUGAUGCGACCGAGUACGAACAUCAUGUCAAGCGGGCCGAGAAGCUCACUCACCUGAUUGCCGAGAUCCGUGCCGAAUACGGCGAGGACGCGAUCGACGAGCUCCGGGACCAUCAUCUGGCCAAGAAGAACGUCUAAGGAGCCGUAUGCUGCUCGCUCGCCUGCCUCCCGCAUCCUUGGUCUGCUCGUUUGCUUCUCCCAUCCUUGGUCCUGCUCGUUUGCUUCUCCCACCCAAUCGCCCAUGUUUGCCUCGUGGCGCCUGCUUGCCACACAACCCACCAACACAGCCAAGCCGUUUUCACCAAGACGACGGCAGCGGCUUCUGGCGCAGGCGGUGUACAGUGCAGCAACGUGCCCGAUGCUUUUUUCCCGCACGCCCUCAGGCAUCUGUUGGUCUGGCGGACCAACCCGCUGGCUGCUUGAAUAGACUGGCCCAUUGGCCUUGACGAA